UUGUGCAGCAGCCAUUUUCUCUGUUCGGGCACGUCUACUCUGACGCUAGAACAACUGCCGUUCCACCUCAACAAAAACACUCGAAUAUACUCACCAUGGCUUUAUUUCGACUUUAAACUUGUAUGUAAAAAUAUAUUAACAUCUAAAAUCGCACGUCCAAGGCAAGGACAGACUUUUCGUGAUAAACGCCCCGCGUUGAAGCGGGCGAGAGGGCCGAGAGAGCACUAUGUCGUGCAGCGAAAGCUACUUGGCUAUCUUUCGCUAUUUGACGGACGAGCGGGAGCCGUACGCGCCUGGCACGCCGGGCAACACCAAGCGCAAGAUCCGCAAAGCAGCAGCCUGCUACGUGGUCCGCGACGGCACCCUGUACUACCAGCGGCGACUCAAGGGCCAAGACGAGUUCACCGAGCUGGAGGUCGUGCUGCGGGAUGAGCGGAGGAAGGAACUGAUCGAGCAAACGCACGUCCUCGAAGGAGGAGAGCACCUCAACCAGCAGCUCACUUGGGAGGGCAUCUCGCGGAAGUACUGGUGGAGAGGUAUCCUGAAGCACGUGAAGGAUCACAUCCGCGAGUGCACAACCUGCACCGCUCGCCGUGGGGCGGAUGACAGUUUUGGGGGAGGCGGCCGGGCGAGGAAGCGCAAGACAGCCGAUAGAGAUGACGACGAUGAUGAAGAAGAGGAUGAGAUGGAGGUGGGAGAAGAAAUUGAUGAUCUCUUCCACACAAAGUCAAGAUCCAAGGUGGCAAAGACUUCAGAUAAGCAGGAGCUGGUUUAUGUGAACAGCAAAGGCGAGGUGAACCAGUUCUUGUCCAAUCAUGGCCAGACGGUGCUGGACAAACUCAACCAACAGCGACUCAACAAUCACUUCUGCGACAUCACGCUGCUGAUUGAGGGUGAGGAGUACCGGGCGCACAAGGCCGUGUUGGCGGCGUGCAGCGAGUACUUCAAUGAGCUCUUCUUCGAAAAGGGCGCCGCGGCCACGCACGAGGCUGUGGUCGACCUUGCCGGGUUCACCAAAGACAGCUUCCUGCCCCUGCUGGAUUUCUCCUACACGUCCAUGCUGACGUUCAACUUCAAUGUUAUGGCGGAGAUUGCCAAUCUGGCGCGCCACCUGCUGAUGCCUGAGGUGCUGCAGAUCUGUGAGUCGGUGCACAAGCAGGUGGAGGAGCAGAGGCUGGUCCUGUACCAGCGCGAGGACAGCCGCGCCGUUUUACCAGAACAGACAGCGGAGUCCACCCCCGACGAGGCGGGCUCUUACACGGUCACCAUACAGAGCGACGGCAGCGCGGUAGUCACCCAGGCCGGGCUUGCUGUGGAGGGGGAGUCGUUUGCCAUUGUGGCGCCCGCGGGCACGGAGCAGCCGGUGGCGGUCACGGCAGAGGGGGUGGAGACCAGCGAGACCCUGACGCUGAUCGCGCACCAGGCCGCCCUUAUGGGCGCCGAGGGGGAAACCAUGACGGUGGUCACCCACAGCGGUCAGGCGGGAGCCACCGAGUCCCUGGCAGUGGUGUCCGCCUGCCUGGCUAUCGAGCAGCCAAACGGGGCGGAGACCUUCCUUUUAAACAUGGAGGCGGCAGAGGAGAAGUCUGCAGAAAUGAACACAGAGCUUCAGAACCAGGUGGACAAGGACACACCCAAAUUGGCCACCGAAGCACCAGAGUCAGCCCCCGAAGCCCUCGUUCCGGCGCCCCCGAAACGGAAACGAGGGCGCCCGCCCAAGGUGAAGAAAGAUGUGGCGAUGGAGGAGAUUGCCACGCCGCCAGAGGAGGAGCCGUCUGCCGAGGACGACAAGCUAGACACGGCGAGCGACUCCAACCAACGGCGACUGCGGCAGCGCUCCAUUGGCGAGGGUGGCUACGCUCGCCUCCAUAUGGGCCUGGAUGACGACGACGAGGAGGGGAAGAGCGCCACCGUGGCCCCUUGUGCCACCCCCACCCUCAGCCCAAAGGUGGGUCCGAGGCCAGGAAAGAGGGGGCGGCCUCCCAAGCAGCUGGAAGAGAACCCGGUGAAAGAAGAACCCGGGUCUACGGAGGACAAGGAGCCAGACGACGCAGAAGCCGUCGCGGCCGAAGACGCUCGCUCGACCGGGGCCGCCGACGUCCCCACCCCGGCGGCAUCUGACCCGGGUGUGGAUGGCGAGGUCCUGGCCCAGGGCGCCGUGGAGGGAGAGCAUACGUGCUUAGAGUGUGGCUUAUCUUUCCCACGCCGCUACGCCCUCAUCAUGCACGCCAGGAAGCAUGACAAAAGUCGCGGAUACAAGUGCAGCCUGUGCAGCAAAGACUUCCAGUACGCCGCCUCUUUGCGCGCCCACCUGGCCCGCCACAAGCAGCAGAGCGCCCAGAGGACACCCGCCUCCAAAUCGGCGUCCUCUUCGCAAGUCGCCGAGGGCGGCCAGGACUCCAAAGCGGCGACCUGGUCGCACACCAAGCGCGAGUUUGUGUGCGACAUUUGCGGCAAGACGCUGCCCAAGCUGUACUCGUUGCGCAUCCACAUGCUGCACCACACGGGCGUGCGGCCGCACACAUGCAAGGUGUGCGGCAAGAGCUUUGCCCACAAGCACAGCCUCAAGAUGCACCGUGUCCUCCACGACGUCACCAAGCAGUUCCAGUGUCAGUACUGUCACAAGUCCUUUGUCAGCAAGCGCAGCAUGGAGGAGCACACCAGCCUACACACCGGCGAAUCCAAGUACCUGUGCAACACGUGUGGGGCCACGUUCCACCGAGCCUCGGCCUUGAGCAAGCACCUGAAGAAGCACAGACCCAAGCCGGACGUUCGUGCCUUCGCCUGUUCCCACUGCGAGAAGCGCUUCUACGAGGCCAAAGACCUGCAGCAGCACAUGAACAAGCACAUGGGCCUCAAGCCCUUCCAGUGUCAGAUAUGCGGCAAGUGCUACAGCUGGAAGAAGGACUGGUACUCGCACGUCAAGUCGCACAGCGUGGCCGAGCCGUUCAAGUGCCAGGUGUGCGGCAAGGAGUUCUUCGAGAAGGCGCUGUUCCGGCGUCACGUGAAGAAAGCCACGCACGGCAAGAAGGGUCGCGUCAAGCAGAACCUGGAGCGAGAAUGCGAGCACUGCGGCAGGAAAUUCACGCAGCUCAGAGAGUACAGAAGACACAUCAACAAUCACCAAGGCGUGAAGCCAUUUGAGUGCGUGACGUGCGGCGUGGCGUGGGCCGACGCCCGCUCCCUGAAGCGCCACGUACGCACGCACACGGGCGAGCGUCCCUACGUCUGCCCCAACUGCAACGAGGCGCACAUCGACGCCCGCACCCUCCGCAAGCACAUGUCCAAGUACCACGCCGACAGCCUACCCUGCAAGAUCAUGCUGGAGAAGGACACGCUGCAGUUUCACAAUCAGGGCACGCAGGUAGAGCACGCCGUCAGCAUCCUGGCGGCCGACCUGCCGCCCGAGCUGCGGCUGGCGCAGACGCCCGCCCCGCCCGCCGGCGCCUCCUCCUCUGAGGAAAUCGAGACGGUGCUGAUUACCGAAGAGACGGUGGAGGCGGUAGAGGCGGUGCAGGCGGUGGAGGCGGCGGCCGACGGCUCACUGGCCACGCUGUCCGACCGGGGCAUCAUGCAGGUGGUCAACUACGUGCUGGCGCAGCAGGCCAUGACGGGCAUCGAGCUGGACGAGGCGCCCGACGCCAUUCAGACCAUGGAGGUCGAGGUGGCCGAGAUAGAGUAGAAAUAUUUGUUAUCUUGGACCUUUGUUUUUAUUUAGCUUGAGCCGGCGCCGCCCUUUCAACUGUGUAAAUAGCUUGGGACAAAUUGGAGGAAUCGAAGCCUUUUGAGCCUACUAUCAUAAGAUAAUAAAAAACAAAUGCCACUGCACUUGUUUUUUUAAGCCAA